AUGGUAGCUGCACAAGGUGUAAGAGAGAAGACCAUUGAUGAACAACCACAGUAUUUGGUGUACGGAUACUAUAGACAACAGAGGAAAUUGAUUGAAGAGAUUGAUUGGUCAUAUACAGGAACUUUGAACCAAAAGAACUGGGGCAAGAAAUAUUCUGCCUGUAAUGGUGCCAAACAAUCGCCUAUUAAUAUAGAUGAAGACCUUACCCAAGUUAAUGUGAAUCUGAAGAAACUUAAAUUCCAUGGAUGGGAAAAGGAAACUUUGGAAGAUACUUUUAUUCGCAACACUGGCAAAACAGUGGAAAUUAACCUGACAAGUGAUUAUUAUGUGAGUGGAGGUGGGUUAGACACCAUAUUCAAAGCUAGCAAGAUCACUUUUCACUGGGGAAAAUGUAACGCGUCAUCAGAUGGAUCAGAACAUAGCCUAGAAGGACAAAAAUUUCCUCUUGAGAUGCAAAUCUACUGCUAUGAUGCAGAUCAGUUUACAGAUUUUGAAGAGGCAGUUAAAGGAAGUGGAAAGUUAAGAGCUUUAUCAAUUUUGUUUGAGAUUGGACUAGAAGAUAAUCCAGAUUAUAAUCCAAUCAUUAAUGGAGUAGAUAGUGUUAGUCGUUUUGGAAAACAGGCUGCCUUAGAACCAUUUAUUUUGCUGAACCUCUUGCCAAAUGCAACAGACAAAUAUUACACUUAUAAUGGGUCUCUGUCAGCUCCUCCAUGCUCUGAAACAGUUGAAUGGAUUGUGUUUAAAGAUACCAUAAGUAUUUCUGAAAACCAGUUAGCUGUAUUCUGUGAAGUGCUUACAAUGCAGCAGUCUGGCUAUGUUAUGCUGAUGGAUUACCUGCAAAACAACUUCAGAGAGCAGCAAUAUAAGUUCUUCGGGCAAGUGUUUUCCUCUUACACUGGACAAGAAGAAAUUCAUGAAGCAGUUUGCAGCUCAGAACCUGAAAAUGUUCAAUCUGAUCCAAAGAAUUAUACUAGUCUUCUUGUUACAUGGGAAAGACCUCGCGUAGUAUACGACACCACAAUUGAGAGAUUUGCUGUCUUUUAUCAACAGCUGGAUGGAGAAGACCAGACUAAGCAUGAGUUUCUGACAGAUGGGUAUCAGGACUUGGGGGCUAUUCUAAAUAAUCUGCUGCCCAAUACAAGUUAUGUACUUCAGAUAGUUGCUGUUUGCUCUAAUGGUCUGUAUGGAAAAUACAGUGACCAAGUCAUUGUGGAUAUGCCUUUAGAGGACUCAGAGGCUGACCUCAUUCCUGAACUGAGUGAAGCUGAAGAAUAUGAGGAUGAAGUUGAUGAAAAGGAAACAGAGGUGGAUGAAGAAACUGCAGUGGUUCCUAGCACUGACAGUACAAUGAACCAGUUGAGGAGAGAUUUUCAGGUGAUUACAUCCAGCUACAGUCAAGAAAAAAUGGGCACAAAACCCAGUGAAGCUAAAUCAAAUAGAUACUUAACAAGAGAAGAAUUGCAUGGUAAGGAUAAUGUUUUCAAAGCAGUUUAUUAUGCUACUUCUCCACCUAUUGGUGAAAUUUCUGAAGAGGAAGAUCCUUUUUUGGAAUCCCAAACAAUUACUGGAAUUUCUCCUCAACUCAUUGACUCCACCAAAGGCAGAGAAGAAGAGUUUAUAUAUCUUUCUUCAGGCACCGAGCCAACAAGAAUAACCACCACUGGCCACAGUGGCGAAGAUUUCUUAUUGUCUCCUUUUAAACCUCAUCAGGAAUCUGAUGACUUUUGGAGCUCAGUUCCUACCACUUCUUCAUCCCAGCUGGUUACAGAGGAGACCUCCCAAGAAGAUGCCCUUCCUUCAGGAAGUCCAGAUAUAAGUGUGCAUGAUGUUCUUACCCAAGGCUCCAUUAAAUAUGUUUCAGAAGUCGUAGCACCCUCAAGCUCCGAUGAGCCUCCAAAGCAUACUUCUUCCACUGAUGGAAAUACAUGGUUUCAUAAUGCUACAGAUCCAACAACUCAAUCUGUCGAGGCAUCGCCUAGCGGGCAAUUGUCUCAGACCGGUUACACUGAUGCUUUUGUAGAGGGAUUAAAGCCAACUACAGUGCCCUAUUCAAGCAGCUCAGUGGUUUCACGAGACACUUCAGAUGCGGAUUUAGAAUUGCCACAUUAUUCUACCUUUGCUUUCUCCUCUGCUGAAUUAUCACCUCACUCUAUCUCUUCAAGCUCUGGAGAAUAUGGUUCUGCUUCUGCUGCCAGUGAGGUACUCUCUCAGACAACUCAGCCAGUCUAUAAUGGUGAGAUACCUCUUCAACCUUCCUACAGUAGUGAAGUGUUUCCUCUAGUCACCCCUUUAUUGUUUGACUCUCAGAUGCUCGACACUACCCCUGCUACAUCAGAUAGUGAUGUGACCUUGCAUGCUACACCUGUAUUUCCCAGUGUUGAUGUGUCAUUUGAACCCACCCUGUCUUCCUAUGAUGAUGUACCUUUGCUUACAUUUUCCUCUGCUUCCUCCAGUAGUAAAAUGUUUCACCGUUUGUAUACAGUUUCUCAAAUGUUUCCACAAAGUGGUACUCCAGCUGUUGCAAGCGAUAAGGUGUCCCUGCAUGCUUCUUUGACGUUGGCAGAGGGUGAUCCAUUAAUACAGCCAAGCCUUGCUCAAAUUGCUGAUGUGGUGUCACAUCAGACCACUCAUGCUGCUUCGGAGACGCUGAUAUUUGGUCAUAAUAGAACUCACAUAUUUUCUCAAGUUGAACCAUCCAGCAGUGAUUUAAAUAUGCAUGUACUAUCUACAAUGUCUGAACUUCCUUAUGCUUUGUCUGGUAAUGUGGGCUCCCUCCAAAGCUUUACUGUUUCCUAUGACUCUGCAGAAUUUGUGCAUGAUUCUGUUGACGUAUUUCAUCAAGAUCCUUUAUUUAGCAGCUAUAACAAUGUACUGGUGCAUAAACCUUCUUCUGUAAUAUCACAAGCUGAUACUUUGCUGCAGCCUACACGCUCUCUAUCUAGUGACACGGACUGGUCUGAAGCAUACUCUGGUAGUGAGUCCCUUUUGCCUGAUACAGAUACUUUGACAGAACUUAACGUUUCUUCCUCUGAUUUUGUUGAUGAGAUUCCAUAUGAAUCAUCUGGGUUUAGUGAUGUUAAUAAGAUGCUUCAAAAAGGUGAUGUUAUAUAUGGAGAUGAGAGAGAACUGAAAAUUUCCUCCUCUUUAAGUGAAAUGGCUUCCAGUGCUGAAAGUAAAGUGAUACAUGAACUUUCUACAUCUGUUUCUAAUAAUGUUGUAAUUGAGCAGAAUAUGUCUCUGCAAGAAAGCCCACUUCCUGUUUCUAGCACAAAGGGAAUCCUUCCAGUCUCUCUUGCUUUUCCCACUACUAAGAUAUUUGAUCAGGAUAUUAGUAAACUUACAGAAAAGUACCUUUCUUUUCAGCCUUUGCAUGUUACAACUCCAGCCUUUGAUGACACUUUGCUUAAACCUGUGCUUAGUGCAAGCUCAGAUCAAGCUCUCUCUGUCCCUGCUUAUAGCAAAAUGUUAUCCUCGACUCAGCUGUACUUUUAUGAGGCCUCAGCUACAUUAAAUAACGAAGCAUUACUGCAGUCCUCCUUCCAAUCUUCUGGCGAUGGCACUCUGCUUAACACAGCUGCAGUUGUGCCUAGUGAUCCAAUAUUGGCUGAAAGUUCAAAGGUUCAAAAAGAUAGUUCUACAUUUGACCAAACAUUGCAUCAGAUGCCACCAGGUUCUGCUACAACUGAAAGCAAGCUGCAUUCUACAUCUGCACCUUCUGUUCCUGAUAUGAUGUCAAAUACUUUUAGUAAGCCCACAGAAUCACUUCAAGGUUUAUCUUUUUCUUAUGCAAGUGAGAAAUACGUUUCAUCCAGUUUAUUUAACAGUGAAGAUGUUCAGAAGGUUAUGCCUUCAUUGUACAGUAGCGAUGUUUCAUUCCAGCUGACCAGUUUAGAAAAUACAAAUGCCUUUUCGUCCCAGGCAGCGAAUGCUGUAACAACUCCCUUCCUAACAGGUGACACAUCAUCACAUGUAGCUACUCCUACAGACAGCCGUAUCUCUUCAAGUGUUUUUGAAAGAAGUGAGGCUGACAGUGUCUCUUCAAGUUCCACACUUGGUUUUGAUCCUGUUCAUAUGCCUGCAAUUGUUUCUGGUUCUGAUGUGUCCGUUCAUCACACUCUUCCUUUAUCAAAUAUACUUAUUUCAGUUACUGCUGUUCCUUCCAAAAGUGAGAUCCCUGUAACUUUGAGUAGGUUGCUGAUUCCUUCUAGAGAAUCCUCUGGGUUGUCUCCCAGUAUCAUGUCCAGUACCGAUUUGUGGUCUUCUGUAGUUGAGGAUGACUACGAUGAAUAUGAUGAUGGCUUCCCAGUAAGUAACUGCAUCUCAUGCACUUCCCAUAGAGAAGAUCAGGAUAUGGUAGUAGAGGAUGAACAUACAAAGGUAAAUAAUAACAAGGAUCAGAGUAACCUAAUCAUAAGUUCACAUUCUGAGAAACCUGAAGAAGAGAAGUUUUCUACUGCUGCAUCUGACAGUCAGAUAAACCGUGCCAUGGACAGACAUAAUCAUACAUUCAUACCAGCUUUGACAGCAAAUGUGAUACCCGAGAAGCACAACAACCCGAAAAUUUUGGAGAACCACAUUCAGACUUCUAGUGUCCAGUUGCAAAACACAUCAGAAUCUAAGUCUUGGGCUGUUUUGACAAAUGAUGAAGAAAGUGGUUCUGGCCAAGGUACCUCAGAUAGCCUUAAUGAUAAUGAAACUUCAACAGAUUUCAGUUUUCCUGACCAUAAUGAGAGAGACACUGAAGGGGCAGUUGAAGCAGGUAACUCAAAAUUAACUCCUGGAUCAUCACAGUCAUCAGCCUCAUCUGUUACUAGUGAUCACUCAUCAGUAUUCAACAUCUCUGAGGCAGAGGCAAGUAAUAUUAGCCAUGAGUCUCGUAUUGGUCUAGCUGAGAGUCUGGAAUCAGAGAAGAAGACAGUUAUACCACUUGUGGUCGUAUCAGCCCUGACUUUUAUCUGUCUAGUGAUUCUUGUGGGUAUUCUCAUUUACUGGAGGAAAUGUUUCCAGACUGCUCAUUUUUAUUUAGAAGACAAUACAUCACCUCGAGUGAUUUCUGCUCCCCCUGCUCCAAUCUUCCCAGUCUCAGAUGAUGUUGGAGCAAUUCCAAUAAAGCAUUUUCCCAAACAUGUUGCAGAUUUACAUGCAAGUAAUGGUUUUUCUGAAGAAUUUGAGGAAAUCCAGAGCUGUACUGUAGAUCUAGGUAUUACAUCAGACAGCUCUAAUCACCCUGACAACAAGAAUAAGAAUCGAUACAUAAACAUCGUUGCUUAUGAUCAUACUAGGGUUAAAUUAGCACAGCUUGCUGAAAAGGAUGGAAAACUGACUGAUUACAUUAAUGCCAACUACGUUGAUGGUUACAACAAGCCAAAAGCCUAUAUUGCAGCUCAAGGGCCACUAAAAUCAACAGCAGAAGAUUUCUGGAGAAUGAUAUGGGAACAUAACGUGGAAGUUAUUGUGAUGAUAACUAAUCUCAUUGAGAAAGGAAGGAGAAAAUGUGACCAGUACUGGCCUGCUGAAGGUAGUGAAGAAUAUGGGAACUUCUUGGUUACUCAGAAGAGUGUUCAUGUACUUGCCUAUUACACUGUGAGAAAUUUUACUCUUAGAAACACCAAGAUCAAAAAGGGUUCCCAGAAAGGGAGGUCUAGUGGACGCAUAGUGACUCAGUACCAUUAUACCCAGUGGCCUGACAUGGGUGUUCCAGAGUAUACACUGCCCGUCCUCACCUUCGUGCGGAAGGCGUCGCAUGCCAAGCGCCACGCUGUUGGGCCUGUUGUGGUUCAUUGCAGUGCUGGUGUUGGAAGGACAGGCACAUACAUAGUGUUAGACAGCAUGCUGCAGCAAAUUCAGCAUGAAGGGACAGUCAACAUAUUUGGAUUCUUAAAACACAUACGUACCCAAAGGAACUACUUGGUGCAGACUGAGGAGCAAUACAUCUUCAUUCAUGAUGCACUGGUCGAAGCAAUACUCAGUAAAGAAACAGAAGUUCUUGAGACUCACAUUCAUGCCUACGUUAAUGCUCUCUUGAUACCUGGACCAACAGGAAAGACCAGACUGGAGAAACAAUUCAAGCUACUGAGCCAGUCUAACACACAGCAGUGUGAUUAUUCAACUGCACUCAAACAGUGUAACAGAGAAAAGAACCGAACCUCAUCUAUCAUUCCUGUGGAAAGAUCUAGAGUGGGGAUCUCAUCACUAUCUGGUGAAGGCACAGACUACAUCAAUGCUUCCUAUAUUAUGGGUUAUUAUCAAAGUAAUGAAUUCAUUAUUACUCAGCAUCCUUUACUACACACUAUCAAGGAUUUCUGGAGAAUGAUAUGGGACCAUAAUGCCCAGUUAAUAGUCAUGCUUCCUGAUAGCCAGAAUAUGGCUGAAGAUGAAUUUGUGUACUGGCCAAAUAAAGAUGAGCCUAUAAACUGUGAGAGUUUCAAAGUAACUAUGCUUGCUGAAGAACACAAGUGUCUGUCUAACGAGGAGAAGCUCAUAAUCCAAGACUUCAUUUUAGAAGCUACGCAGGAUGACUAUGUACUUGAAGUGAGGCAUUUUCAGUGUCCAAAAUGGCCAAAUCCUGAUAGUCCCAUUAGUAAAACUUUUGAACUAAUCAGCAUCAUCAAAGAGGAAGUUUCCAACCGUGAUGGGCCCAUGAUUGUACAUGAUGAGCAUGGAGGGGUGACAGCAGGCACUUUCUGUGCAUUAACAACUCUGAUGCAUCAACUGGAAAAUGAGAAUUCAGUGGAUGUUUACCAUGUAGCAAAGAUGAUAAAUCUGAUGAGGCCUGGAAUCUUUACAGACAUUGAACAGUACCAGUUUCUAUACAAAGCUAUUCUCAGCCUCGUCAGCACAAGACAAGAAGAAAACCCUUCAGCAUCCAUGGACAGUAAUGGCUCAGCUUUACCUGAUGGAAACGCAGCUGAAAGUUUAGAAUCCUUAGUUUAAUUAGCACAUCAAAUCAAACAUACACAUCACUGCAUCACACCAAUCACACCUGGAGUUUACCAUAAUCAUUUUCAGUUUUAUACUUUGGGUGGGGAAAAUCUGUCCAGUCAGUAUAUAUAUAAUCAGACCCCAGCUGUUGCUCAAACCAAGUCAUUUCUGUUAUAUACAACUUUACUGUGGAACUUUUAUCAUUAACAAUGUGUGCCUUUUCUUGAAAGAUUUCUUGUAAUACAUUGUUACAUCUGGACUAACUUGAUUGACUUUUACAGUGUUUCUAAUUAUUGAAUUGUGUAUGUUUUUUCAGUAUUAGUUUUUUUUGAUUUAUCUGGCUUUACUUUUAACUUAAAAUUACCGUAUUUAUAGAUGCUAGGGAAUCCUUGAUUAAAAACAUGUCAUGGGUUUAGUAUUUGGUUUAUUCGCUGUAUUUAUAACAAUUUACAUUUGCUAGAAAUGCAACUUUUAAUAUAGUAGAAUGUAAAUAAAAUACUGUUCUACAUAACAUUCAACAUUUUAAGAUUUCAAUUAGACAUUUAGAAUAAUAAUCUGAUACUUACUGUAAAUACUGCUACUUCUGUAGUGAUCCAUGGACCAAAUUUAUAUUUAUAAUUGUAGAUUUUUAUAUUUUACUACAGAGUCAGUUUUCUAGUUCUGUGUAAUUGCCUUGUUAAAAUAAUGUAGUCAGUAUGUUUUUACUUUAACAAAGUCUUCUGAUAUAUAAUUGUGCAUCUUAAGGAAUUUACCUUCAUAUAGCUGCAUGUGAUUUUAACUUUUUGUGGGAACUAGAAAUAAUUUGUUUUGAAAUGAAAACUUUUUAUGAGACUAACACUAUACUUGGCAUUGUUAAAUUGUUUUUACCCUGGUAUUGCAAAAAUAAAUAUAAAUAUUCCAGUC